AUGUCAAACCCGAAAGUCUUCUUUGACAUCUUGAUCGGGAAGAUGAAGGCAGGGCGUGUGGUGAUGGAGCUAUUUGCAGAUGCAACACCAAGAACAGCUAAUAAUUUCCGUGCUCUGUGCACUGGAGAGAAAGGAAUUGGGAAAGCAGGGAAGGCAUUACACUACAAAGGCUCAGCCUUUCAUCGUAUAAUCCCAGGGUUCAUGUGCCAAGGAGGAGAUUUCACCCGUGGGAAUGGAACUGGAGGUGAAUCGAUUUACGGGUCUAAAUUUGAGGACGAGAACUUCAAGUUGAAGCACACUGGUCCGGGGAUUCUGUCUAUGGCGAAUUCAGGUCCCAACACGAACGGUUCUCAGUUCUUUAUCUGCACGGAGAAGACGUCGUGGCUUGACGGGAAACAUGUUGUUUUCGGCAAAGUUGUUGAUGGGUACAAUGUGGUGAAAGCGAUGGAGAAUGUUGGAUCUGACGGGGGAGCUACCUCUGAGCCAGUUGUGAUUGAAGACUGUGGUGAGCUCAAGAACUGA